GUAAAGUUCAUCAACAAAACUAAAGUCUAGAUUUAUUAAAGUUUAUAGGAAAGCGCUGGGCUGCUGCCACACAAUUGAGGCUUGGCCUUGGCAAAUUCACCUUGGCCCUUCAACCAGGCAAAAAAGCGAUGUUGAUAUUUACUUGGAUGGCAAUUGCUUUCAUUUGGGAUCUUUUGGGAAUUCCCAGGGUUCGUUGGGAGUGGUCUCUGUACAUGGUCAGGAGCUAGAGCUUUGACUUGAAUUUGAGAUUCUAUGACGAGGUGUUGAUCUGUCAAAACCAAGAAUGGGUAGUGUUUUUGGUGUGAAACUAGAAAGUACAGAAGAGAAGGAAAUAAUGGCAACGGAAGACCAAGUCAUCAUGGAACCGUCCCUGGACUUUCCUUUCCUGAAUGAUACCAAGACAGUUGAGUACGUGGGAGAGUCGAAGACACUGCUCUUACUUCGUGGCCCACCAGGGAGUGGUAAAUCGUCCCUGGCUACAGCGAUCUCCGAGAAGUAUCCUUUGAAAGUCGCCAUCUGCUCUGCUGAGGAACACAUUCCUCAAGGCGAAAAGCCUCCUUUCUCUAGGGAGAUGCUCAAGAAGGCCCACACUGACUGCCAGCAGUGUGUCAAGGACGCCUGCAAGGAAGCCUAUCCCAUUGUCAUUGUGGACAACACAAAUGCCUCACUCUUGUCAGUGAAAAAUUACAGUGGCAUUGGACACGAGUUCGACUAUGUGGACGUUCUCGUAGUGCCCCAGACAAGUUGGAUUCUUGAUGCUCAAGAGUUGGUCAAGAGGUCGUCCAGAGGUUUCCCUCUUGAGGAUAUCCAGAGGAAACUUGAGAAGUUCCAGGAACCAAUAUACCCUCUCUUUUAUGGCUGGUUUGUCAACAAAACCGAUUCAGAGACUAUGAGGGGUACUGGGGAAACAUUUUAUGAGAGGUGUCUAAGCAAGAGGGAGUUCAGAGAAGAGUUUACAAAGCAUCUGCUACCAGAUGCUAGUGGCAAAACACCAGAUCCAGAGAAUUACUUCUCAACUGAGAACUACACCGUUGGUCCUGUGAUGCUUCACUGCACAGCCUUCUACAGCAACUACGGCGAGGUCAGCCAAUCAGAGGCCUACGCUACCCAAGAACGGGUCAAAGCAGACAACGGCAAAGCGUUCACCAUCAAGGUCAUCGGUCUUCUGGUGACCCCACGAUCCCUAGGUCUGCGACUAAAACUUGACGAUGAAGAGCUCCUCCUGUGGCCACAGGAUGAGGUUAACGAGGUUGCCGAGGGCGGAGCAGAGGAAACAUGUGAUCUGGCUGCGGGGGAGAAGUCUGGGCCGUGUGACGAUGAGUGCAUCAUAACCCAUCUGUCUCCAACCUGUGGGACAGGGAGCCGCGCCCACUUCAGUUUGGGUAGCGGUCCCGGUGUGGAAGCUGUCCAGACCGGUCUAGACCUGGAAGAGAUCAUCAAGAUGGAACAAGAAGCGGUUCGGAUGAAGAGGAGCCACAUUGUAAUAGCAUUAGAGGAUGCCACAGCCGUCGGGUAUGGGGAGGGAAACUGGAUGGUGUACUUUGAUGAAGCUUGUUCAACUGAAGCUCUUUUUGCAGGAUAUUUCUAAAUAUGUAAUCAUUGUUAAUCGUGACAAACACAAUUCUUCAUUUCAAAACAUUUUCAAUACAUGUAUAUGUACAGUGAUUAUUUGUAGGUGCAUGUGACACCAAAAGAUGAGUAAAUAUCAAAAUUUUGCUUUUGAUUGUGUUCUAACCUUCCAAAUACAGAUUUGAUAAAAUUGCUACAAAAUGAUGCUAAUUCAGGCCAUUUAUAAUAACUUCUUUUUUCUUCUCAAGGUCUUUUCAAAAAUCAAAAUUAUGGUAUACAAAUGAUGGCCAAACAAAGUUGUACAAUAUUAGCAGCAAUUUUUGUUCAUAUCAAUCAGAAAUACAAGCUGUUUAUUGAUUGUCAGUUGUGUUAAUGUAUGAAUAUAUUACAUCACAGCUACUUCAACAAAAACCAUGCAUUUAGUUGACUUUAUACAGCCUUGGUCAUAUUGUUUUGCUGAAGUUUUAGAAAUAUAUUUACUUAUUUGUAGCAUUUAACAUGUACAUGUACAUAAUAGUGUAGAAUGAGAAUAUGGUAAUCCCUACCUGUUCUUGGAAAGCUUCUAGAUGGAAGGAUCAUGCAUGAAUUUAGCUGACAAACAGGAUUCUUCUUUCUUAGAAGUUCUAAUUUACUGUUUUUAAUAACAUUCAUCUUCAACCAUGUUCAUAUACUGUACUAAGAAAUGUCUGUAUCUUUGAGUUAUUCACCAUCAAGAAUAUUACCAUUGCAGUAGGUGUUAAAAGAUGUCAUCUACUAAUUUUAGGUAAAAGAAUAUCAGUUUCAUCAUAAUGUACUUUCUGCUUUUCUUGUAGAUAAGCAUGUAUUAUAAAGUCUACCUUUAUAAACAUCAUGACACUAGUGAGAAUGUUUGUACAAAUAUAUGUUUUAUUUUUUAAAAGAAAGAGCUUCAAAAGCCUGAGAAAAUAUUACGUUUAGCUUCAAAAGCACAAUUAUUUAUUCUAAAUGUAUGAAAAUGCUGCUUCUAAGUUUCAACCAAAUGUAAUGGUUACAACUGUUAUUUGCUUUGUUGUUGUUACUCUUGAAUUGUAAGUAUUUCAUAACUUCAGUGAAAAUAGCUUGAAUUAAGCAAAGGAAAUGCACUGAUAACAUAUAGUUUUGUAUAGGUUGGUCUCUUCUUUGCAUCAUUCAUUCUGACACAUACCGGUACAUGUAUUUAAGUUUACCAGAUAUUUUCAUCGAGACAUUUUGGAGAACUAAAAAGUUAGCCUGUA